CUGCACACCUCUUUGCUUGUUCUGCACACUAUGACUCAUUUGAUCCCAUUGGAAAGGACAGGCUGUGGUUUAUCUUAGUUAUACAAUUAUUUUCCUCAACCCCCGGACUGGUCUGCUUCGCAAGCGUUCCCGGUAGUCUCGCGAUGUUGCAUCUCUGGGUUUAGAAACUCAUCGAAUAAGAAGUACCUAUUUUCCCACAAUGCAAGCGUCAUGUAAACAAAGGACAACGACAGGAAGGGAGACUGAAAAGUUGUAGCUAGUUGAGUACCUAGUUACAAAUGUGCAAUUUGCUACAGCAGUUCUGCAAUGGAUAUACCAACAAUAUAAAUAUAUUUAAGUAGAUAACUAACCAGUUUGACAUAGUUUGUAUUGUUUUCCGUUUGUCUCGUGUGGGGUCUCUACAUCCAGUUAGCUUAGAACAGUAACGUUAGUUAGCUUGCGUGCCUAGAAGCUAGCAGCUAACAGUAGCUAUAGUACUUUGUCUCAAAAUGCAUCGGUCUUGGCAGUUUCAUAGGGAAACAGUUUUUACAAGAGGAUGACGGGUAAUAUCAAAAGUGAAUCGAAGUAAAGAAGGUAACUAACUUAGCUAGUCCUCUUUGUUUCUUGGGUGGACCACCAGCUGGCUAGCAAGCUAACGUUAGCUUCCAAGGACUUUUACCACAGAUGAAAGGGGAAGUUAUCGGUAUCUUUGCUUUUACUAGCAGUAGGCUGUAUCGAUCAGGCUUCUUCACCAAUCGACAGCAGUUGAAAAACAUACUGUAGAAAGGGAUGACAGCUUUUGGAGGACAACCUAUGUGGCCAUCCAUACAUCCAUGAACCUCCCCACGUCCGAGGGACUUCCACAAUGAAGAAAAUUUGUCUGAAAACGAUACGAAAGUCAUUCAACCUAAAAAGCAGAGAGGAGGGAAAAGAUAUUGUACCACAGCCAAAUUCAGCUACCGACAUCUCAACAGAUUCAGUGUUUGGAAAAUGUUACAGCAAAGAACUUGUUCGUAACGACUUUGAUCAUGAGGAGGAGAAAGGCCCGAAGAACCGCUCCAAGGGUGAGAGUCUUAUGGGAUCACUGAAAAGAAGGCUUUCGGCAAAGCAGAAAAAUAAAAUAAAGGAAAGUUCCACAUCGGUGACCAGUGAAGAUGACACAUUCUCGUGCUCCUCAGCACCCAUAUUCUUUAAUGAUGUCAAAUCACAACACCAUCUAAGAUCUAAUAGUCACCAUUAUAGCCCCACGCCAUGGGCCCUCAGGGCAGCAAAUUCUGAGGAAACAUGCAUUAGGAUGGAUGGGAAAGUGAAAGCUAUGAUACACUCAUCAGACCCAAGCCCAUCUCUGAAUGGCAUUCUGAAAGAAUUCCCAGACCCCCAGAGGGAUAGGCCUUUUCAGGAUUCAACCGAGAACACUGAGCCUCAGAAUGGUGAUUUGCAUCUAGGUAUUGACAAUGAAAAUGUACCUGCCAUCAUUGGACUAGCAUCUCAGGACUAUAUUCACUAUGCAAUGCCUUUAGAUGAUGAACUUGACCCUGCAGAAAGUUUGGAUAGUUCCUCUCCAAUGGAUGAGAUGCCUCAGCCUGAGCGAUUCCCUCCUUUUGCAGAUGAAGAGCCCAUUGACCAGGAGAAGCUGAUGUCACCAGAUAUAUUCAUGGACCCAUCGGUGAAUCGACUGCUCUCUGAUGCUGAAUGUGCCUUGAUUCAAGACUCUAGAAUAGAGCCUCCUCUCUCCCCCUUGCUAUCUCUGCCACCUGGUAGUCACAUCCGAAGGAGUUUCCUAGUAUAUGGUGGUUCUUCUCACUCACAUGGUGCAGAGAGAGUUUUGCAUCAUCUCAACUUUGACCCCAAUUCAGCCCCUGGCGUUGGCAGGGUUUAUGAUGCUGUUCAGCACAGCGGGCCCAUGAUUGUAACCAGCCUUACAGUAGAGCUAAAGAAACUGGCCAAGCAGGGUUGGUACUGGGGUCCUAUAACGCGUUGGGAAGCUGAGGAAAAACUUGCCAGCCUGCCAGAUGGGUCAUUCUUGGUGCGAGACAGCUCAGACGAUCGUUAUCUUUUGAGCUUGAGCUUUCGUUCACAGGGUAAGACCCUCCAUACCAGGAUUGAACACUCCAAUGGCAGUUUCAGUUUCUAUGAACAGCCAGAUGUGGAGGGUCACAUAUCAAUAGUGGAACUCAUUGAACAUUCUAUCAUAGAUUCUGAGAGUGGAGCCUUCUGCUAUUCACGAUCUCGCACACCAGGGACUGCAAUGUAUCCUGUCAGACUGACAAACCCUAUCUCAAGGUUUAUGCAGGUGCGCUCCAUGCAGUACCUCUGUCGGUUUGUCAUCCGUCAGUACACACGGAUCGACCUUAUCCAGAAGUUGCCUUUGCCAAACAAGAUGAAAGAUUACUUGCAGGAAAAGCACUACUGAAGGGGUUAAAUGAAACUCAAUUGGACUUUCUUGCACAUUUUAGAUCAGUGAUAUAUUGACUUAGUCCUCGAUUUUACAUUUUUUUACCCUUUUUCUUGGCUGUUACAAAUACUUUUUGUGAAUUUGAUUUCAGUACAUGUAACACAGUACAAUGUCACCCUAUCUAGUGACAUGUUCAACAGACAAUGCCAGCAACUGAUUAUAUAUAUAUAUAUAUAUAUAUAUAUAUAUAUAUAUAUAUAGAGCAUAGUUAUACUCCCAACCUCAAAGCAAAGGAUUGAAGCUGAACCUUAAUCAAAUCUAUAAAAUAAAAAUAAUUGCAUUGGAUUAUUUCUGUGAAUUGUGUUUUGAUGGACCAAGUGUUUUGUUAUAUAAAGCACAAAUACUUCUAAUCAUUACACUCAACAUUUGUGUGUUGUCCUAUGUGGUUUGUUGUCUUACAUUAAACCAGUUUGUUAGUACUGUAGCUACUAGCUAGUAUGAUUUUGAUACCUGAAAGUUCUCUCUGCUCAGUCUUUAGUAAAGUUGUUUUUCAUUUGCCUCAGUGAUGGUUUCUCAUUGCAUGUUAAUUAUAUUGAGUAUAUGGAGAAAGAAAAUGUAAGUACCACACAUCUGAUGCUGUAAUUUGGGAGAACUAAUCGUUAUUGACUGUAUAACCAUAUAUCGAGAUAAUGGCUUGUUUGUGCAGCCUAAACUUGACUGUUUGCCUGUCACUGUAAGUAUAAGGAAAAAAAUGCUUCACCUUGUUACUUUCCAGGUCAUGAAAUGCUACCUAUGGUAGAAUACUUGUUAUGGUAUGUCUCACCCCCCUCCCCCUUUUGAAAGGCUGUACACCGAUUUAUUGCACAUCUUCAAUGCAGUUAAAGGAGGGGUGUUUAUGACUGUUAAUAAACUAUUCACAGAUAA